GACGUCAAGGUCCCGCGAGAUGAGACGUGUGACGUCAGGAAUCGCUUGCCGGCAGCAGCAGAGGAACUGGACUUUUAAAAAAAGGCGUUGCGGGACAUUUAAAGAGCGGUCCGGGAGUGCGGGGGCUGUGCUGAGAGAAGCGUCAGUGUCGGCCGGAGGUUCAUUCCCAAAAAAGCAAUGGUAACUUUGCUAGAACAUCAUGGAGAAGGCACUGAAUUCAUCAGAAAUAUCGCCUUCUAAAUCAUCUCCGAUUGUGAGCCGCAAGGAGGUGGAACCAUCCAAAGAGACCGACAGCAGCAAAACACAAUGGGAAAAACGGGUUGGCUUCGUAUUGGUGCAUGCAGGUGCAGGUUAUCACUCGGAAUCAAAGGCAAAAGAGUAUAAACAUGUCUGUAAGCGUGCGUGUAAAAAGGCUAUUGAAAAGUUACAGGCUGGUGACCUUGCAACUGAUGCGGUAACUGCAGCUCUGGUUGAGUUGGAGGACUCGCCAUUUACAAAUGCAGGAAUGGGCUCAAACUUGAAUCUACUUGGCAAAAUAGAAUGCGACGCAAGUAUAAUGGAUGGCAAAUCUCUAAGUUUUGGAGCAGUGGGGUCCCUAAGUGGAAUCAAAAAUCCUGUUUUGGCAGCAAACAAGUUGCUUUGUGAAGGACAGAAAGGAAAACUUUCAGCUGGCAGGAUUCCCCCUUGCUUUCUGGUUGGAGACGGAGCAUUUAAAUGGGCCGUAGACCACGGGAUACCAACAUGCCCCCAAGACAUAAUGGCCACAAAGUUAAGUUUGGCAGCAUUCAAGCGUAACAAACGAAAACUGGAGCUUGCUGAAAAGGUGGAGACGGAUUUUAUUCAGUACAAAAAAAGAAGACAAUCAAGUGAAAAGGAGAAUGACUCAAGGACUUUGGACACUGUUGGAGCAAUUGUUGUAGAUCAGGAUGGGAAUGUCGCUGCUGCUGUUUCCAGUGGAGGAUUAGCCAUGAAGCAUCCCGGGAGAGUUGGCCAGGCCGCUCUCUAUGGAUGUGGCUGCUGGGCUGAAAACACUGGAGUUCACAAUCCUUAUUCUACAGCUGUGAGUACUUCAGGCUGUGGAGAGCACCUUGUACGGACCAUAUUGGCCAGAGAAUGUUCGCUUGCAUUGCAGGCUGAAGAUGCUCACCAAGCUUUGCUAGAGUCUAUGCAAAAUAAAUUCAUUGGUUCACCGUUCCUAGCAAAUGAAGAGAGCAUUCUUGGUGGAGUUAUUGUACUUCGAUCAUGCAGGUGUUCCACAAAACCCAGCUCUGCAGAUGAAAAGCAGGCAUUGCUAGUGGAAUUUCUAUGGAGUCAUACAACAGAGAGUAUGUGUGUUGGUUACAUGUCAGCGCAGGAUGGCAAAGCCAAGACGCACAUUUCUAGGCUACCUCCAGGUGCUGUCGCUGGCCAAUCAGUCGCCAUUGAAGGCGGGGUCUGCAGACUGGGGAACCCUAAUCCAACCACACCGCUUCCCUGAACGCACUCUACUAGGAAAUAGGUUUAGUUAUUUCGCAAAUCUUGCUGCAGUUCCGAAAACAGUUGGUUGUUCUGUUCUAGCAAAACCCAGCGAUACAAUAGGCACUUGUGAAAGCUAAUCAGCAUGCUAGCUGUAAGGCCACACCCCUUCAUCGUUACACAAUAAUGGCUUUAUUUAUAAUAUGCGUAAUUACAAUAGACUGUAUAACUGUCAGUGACCAGUGCAAUACAACGUGAAUUAACCCAUUUUAAUCUUUCCUUCCACUGUAUAUUUUAAGUUAUGGAUAGUUACUGCCUUUAGGGAUGCACCGAACCCACUAUUUUGGAUUCGGCUCAACCCCCGAAUCCUUCGUGAAAGAUUAGGCCGAAUACCGAACCAAAUCCGAAUCCGGGUGGGAUGGCGAUAACAUUUUUUACUUUACCUUUUACCUUGUUUUGUGACAAAACGUCACGCAAUUUCCCUCCCCGCCCCUAAUUUGCAUAUGCAAAUUAGGAUUUGGUUCAGCUGGGCAGAAGGAUUUGGCCGAAUCGGAAUCCUGGCUAAAUCCAGAACCGAAUCCUGGAUUCCGUACAUCCCUAACUGACUUAUAUUUCAGUUUCUUUCCCACUAUUUUUACUAUGCUUUAUCAUUUUCUCUGCAAAGAUUGUCUUCUGGAGGUGUAAAAUAUACAAUUAUAAGUUGCUUUGUUUUGUGCAUGGUCUGAACCCUCCAGCAGGACUUGUAGAUGAGUAGAAUUUUCUCUGUAUUUAGUGCUUUUUAAAGGGGUGGUUCACCUUUAAAUUAAUUGUUAAAUGACCGGUAACGUAAAAAAAUAUUUUUUAAAAAAAAUCGUUUCUACAUAAAAAAACACCAAGACCCAUUUAACUUUAAAUUCUUUAAAUUUAUGAAGAAAUAUCUUACCGAUUCUCCGCUUGCGCUCCUCUUCUGAAACGGCGACAGGGCGAAGAUCCAUCGUGUGACGCACGAUUUUUCCUCCUGCCUUCCUUGUAGGAGAUUAUUCAUCUUGCUAUUCAAUCCUCUCCUAUAUAUAUUCCAGUCUCUUAUUCCCAUCAACGCGUGGUUGCUAGGGUAACCCGGGUCAUAGCGACCAGAUUGCUGAAAUGGCGAGCUGCUUUAUAAAAAAAUACUCAAAAACCACAAAUAAUAAACAAUUGUAGAUUAUCUCAUAAUAUCCCUCUCUAGUCUACAACAUACAAAAAGUUAAUUUAAAGCUGAACAACCCCUUUAAUUAGAAUUGAAAUAAGGUGCUUCUUGUUUUUGUGGCAUUAAUCGAUAUUAUAUAAUUUUACCUAUGAAAUCAACUCUUAUUAUGUACUUGAAUUUACAUUUAUAUAUAUAUAUAUAAAUAUAUGACUUUGUUUAUCGUAGCAUGGGCUUCCAAUCGAACCCUCCGUGUGGCCUACAAAUAUAUUUGCUUGCAUAGAUACUUAUGAGCAGUCACUUUAAUUUCCCUGUAUUUUAACCCGUUCACUGUUAUCUUUCUGUAAGAGACAAAAGUAAGUAAAAAUACUAUAGUAUGACGGUAUAAAAUAUAUCAAAGCUUAUGUACUGUAAACUCCGUAUAAUCCUUCUGUUCCGUUGAAAGAUAUUUUCUAAAAGUCUAAAUAAAGAGGACUGUUAACAUA